UGUCAUUUUAGGCUUUGGACUUCCUGAAUUUACUUCCUGUUAAAGAAUUUCCAAUACGCACCAUGAGAGCAACUGCAUGUUUAAGCGUUUUAUUUGUGCUCCCUGUUUGUCUUGGACUUGGAAAGUCCGUAAUAACAAUUACUGAUGAAAAUUGGCAAACGGUAUUAGAAGGGGAAUGGAUGCUGGAGUUUAUGGCUCCAUGGUGUCCUGCUUGUAGACAGUUUUCUGAGACUUGGAGUAAAUUAGCUGACUGGAGUCGUGAUCUGGACAUUAGUGUUGGAGUUGUGGAUGUAACAGAAAAUCCAGGUUUGAGUGGCAGAUUCCUUGUAGCUGCAUUGCCCACCAUUUAUCAUAUAAAAGAUGGAGAAUUUCGACAGUACAAAAGUGGAAGAAAAGAAGAUGAACUAAUGAGUUUUGUGGAUGACAAAAAAUGGCAAGAAGUAGAACCAGUGUCAUGGUAUCUGUCACCAGGGUCCUAUCAGAUGGGAGCUGUUGGAUUCUUUUUCAAGUUGGCUAUGAAAAUAAGGUCCUUGUACACAAUGAUGACAGAAGAAUAUGGGAUACCUGAGUGGGGAUGUUAUGUUAUUUUUGCUAUUGCAACCAUAAUGACUGGAUUAAUACUGGGACUAGUUAUAGUAUUUUUGUGUGAUUUUGUGUUCCCAUCCAGACCAUCACCUCCAUCAACAUACAUGUAUGACAAACGAAAGGGAGAAACUAAGGUUGAUGAUGAUGAUGAUCAAGACAUAAUAGAUGAUACUAAAGAUUCUCAUCAAAACAAUAUACCUUCUAAAGAGGUGUCAGAGGAAAGUAAAAAAAGUAAAGAAGAAGAUAUACCUAAAGUGGUAGACAGUCCAAAGUCACAAACUCGUAAACGAAAUGUUAGAAAAGCAGAUUGAUUCAUGUUUUUAAAUUUAUAUUCUUUUUAUCAAGUUUUCUUAAAAUGAGAGUUUUACAACCAAUAGUAUAUAUUUAUUAUGUGUAAAUAUCUUACUGUAUAAGCACAACCAAAUAAGUAAGUAUUCUCAACAUACUUACACAUGACAUCCAUCUGUACAACUCUUUCUCAGGUAAUUACACCAAAUGGUGUGAAGGAAACAACUUUUUCACACCAAAUAUUUUUAUUUAAGAAUUUAUGUUCAAAGAGUUUUUGUUGCUUAGCCUUAUUUUAUAGAAAAACUGCAUCCAGAUAGGACAGUUGUGUUAUUUUUAGCAGAUAUGUGUUUUAGAAGUAUUGUUUUAUUUAUUUUUUUAUCCUUAAAUAAAUGCAAUUUGCAAUGAGAUAAUUUAUUUGCACCAACAAUUAUAAAAUACAUUUCUUAAAGAAAUGCUCAUUGUAAUAAUGAAGUAUUGAGUUUUAACAAUCAAAGAGUUUUUCACAUGACAACUGUUAUGCAAUGUGUAAUUUUAGACCUCAGUUUUAAGGAUUGUACAGAAUGUGAUAUCCCCCCCCUGUUUAAUAGGUUGAUUUACUAGUUAAACAUGUUUAAUGGUUUAAGGAUUGACUCGAUGAAGCUAUUUGUACUUAAUUUAUGCUAAAUACCCAACUUUUAAGUUUUUCAUAUUUCCAAUAAAAAAUUUAAAUCCAUGAAAUUAUGUAAGAGGAUUUCAGUGAUUAAUGUUUGAUAUUUUAAAGCCAAGAAGAGGAUAAUCAACAAAAAUAGGUAUGAAAGUAAGGCUUUAAUAUUUAAUGACAGCUAUUAUUAUAUCAUUUGAUAUAAAAUAAUACUAAGCAGAAAAAAUAUCAUAAACAUCUAAUGUACUUCUCACACAGGCACUUGUCUCAGAAAAAAAAUUUCCUAUAUACCUUAUUAUAACACAAGGUACUUAACUUGCAUUUAGGAGCAUGACGCGUUUAUUGCCAAUUCUUCAGCGGUUUGCAAAAUUAUUAUGAUUAACAUACUUUGGUAGGAUUGCUACGGAUGAUUCCGACAGCAAAUGUAGGCAUGUUAUACACCAUUGUAUAGAUAAAUCAAUUUAGAUUUACGAUAUAACAAGCUUUAGUGGGGCUGACAGCCUAUAAAGCGGCAUAUAACGAAACUUCGUCACCACCUAACAUUUUUCUAAAAUGCAAGUUAAGUACCUUGUGUUAUAAUAAGGUAUAUAGGAUUUUUUUUUCUGAGACAAGUGCCUGUGACUUCUCACUAUAAAUUUCUAUUUUUUUUCAGUAAGAUUUAGAUCUAUGUUUUUUUGUGUGGAGGGGGCAUUAAGUGUUAUCCUUGUCCGUCCAUAUUCCCCAAAAUUAGUUUCCAUUCUCUUAACUUUAGUUUGUCUCAACCAAAUGUUAUGAAACAUAUACACACUGCUUAUUACCAGGUCAAGUACUAAUUUGUGUGGUGUCAAUUUUAUUAUUUUCUAGUUCUCUUUAUAAUGUUAUAUGCAAGCAGUGGCAUCAUCUACGUCCAUGGACAGACUUUCCAUUUAUAUUGUUAUUUCAGAAUUAUCUAUUUGUACAGUUAAGCAUUACAUCAGAGAUGAUUUAUUUUUGUAAUAAAAAACCAAAGGUGAUGUAAAUAGUAAAGUGAUUUCUUUAAAUUAUGCAUUUGUGUGAUUGUAUGUUGUGAGGUGCUACUGUAGUUUCAUAGUCAGUCUUAAAUUCAGCUAUCCGGCAGAAUGUGUAUUUUUAUUUUUUACUUUUUAAUAUUGAUGGAUGAAGUGAACUAACCAAACUUUUAUCCUUUUUGAAUUUUAUGGCAUAGAAUAUUUUGCUGCCUUGUUUUCUGAAAAAUAAUAUCUUAAAAUUUGUUGAAUGUUUCAGUAUUUUAAAGUUUUUAUCUGACAUGUCCAUCCAAUAUUCUAGUAUAAUUAACUUUAAGAAAGUUUUAUUUGUAUAAAUUGGCAUUCUUCAGUAUCACAAGAAUUAUAAACAGCAUGAAUUUUAUAAUGGCAAUGAAGCCUAAGUCAUAUUUUUUCUUUUUGUUUCCCAAAACUGCUGGAUUAUGGCUGUUCGUGAGAUGCACAAGUGUUAUGUGAAAGAAUGGAUGUUUUAUGUAAAUAAUAUAUUGAUAUGAUUCUGAAAACUUUUUUAUAGGAUAAAAAUGCAUUUGUCUUAUAAAUAUUGAUUUUGUUUGUUUGUGUCAUAAUAGGGCACUAAUUUGGGCUCUUCUACAAGUUAUUGUUUAUGGAAUGGGAAAGCACAAAUUUAAAUUAUAUGGCUGAUGUAUUUUUAUGUUUUUAGAUGGAUAAUUUUUAACCUGAGCUCUUAAUUGUGGUAGAAACUUUUAUUUUAAGUUUAUGAUCACAGAAAUUGUAUGAAUGUGUCUUUACAUUUUAGUUUAUCAUUAAUGUUUGGGAAAAAACUGAAUAAAGAUAUGCUUGUUUUAUAA